ACUUCAUCCCACACUCGUUUUCCUCGUUUGUCGCUCUUUCAAUCUCUUUCGCUUCUCUUAAACAUGAAGCUCCUUCUCUCCGCGGCGAUAGCCCUCCAGAUUCUACAUUUCACGAGCGCCCAAGGCUUCCAGAACAAUGGUCGCCCUCAGCCUGGGGAGCUGAGCUACCCAUCCCCAUCCCCUGAAGCAGAGGGCAAGAACGUCAACAUCAACAAAAUCACCAUUGCGAUCGGGGACGAUGACGAUCCAAAGGGCAAACCCAAACACCCCCAUUGGGAUGGUGACAGCGACUGUGAUCUACCACCAAAGAAGGAGGAUGACGAUACGUGGGGGUCGCCACAGCAAGGGCUAGGUCCCCGCGACGAAGGGCUGGAAGCACGCAAACCAUGUCCGAAGGAAGGAUGCGGCCACAAACACCACUCCAACUGGAUCUGGCACUACAAGUCUAAGACGACAUCGAAAUCGACAUCAACAUCGACGUCGACAUCAGUAUCUUUCCCCGUCUAUACCUGGAGUUUCACCACCAAGACUGGAGAAGAGACUGCGGCCCCAACUAGAGUGGCAGAACCACCUAGGGCGACCCUCUCGCCUCUCCAAACUUCACAGCCUGCAGUCAUCCCCCCUGCUGGGGGAGCAGGAACCUGCCCAGCGACUUGCGACCCCACCAGCGGCAAGAAUUUCUGCGACGUCAGCACCUCGUGCAUUGGCAUCUCCGGCAGCAAGUAUCUGUGCGCUUGUGCUGCUGGAUUCCGCGCUUCGGACACGUCUCCUACCGACUCUAUAGUCCAGGUCCGGGUUGAUGGCUUCCCCUGGGUACUUAUCAAGCCAGGGCAAAAGUGCAGCCAGCUCUGCACCAAGCAGUCGGCGCCGGAUUGGUGUGGGGAGGUCCCUGUGGACAACAAGUGUAAGGCGUAAGAUUGGAAUGGACUAUGGACUAAUAUCUGAAAAGGCGAUCAUGUAUCAGUGGUUUACCAGGGUCUCAGAAUGAAGUAUUACUAUCUGAUGUUCUGUAUUUCAUACGUGUGUUUUUGCUGUGAUGUUUUGCCAAACCGCCUUUCUGGCGACGAGAGUUGGUGUUGUUGUAUUGAUAGGUGCAAUUUUUUUGAGUAAUUUAUAAUCUAGUCUCUUGAAUUGGCUUGUUCAAAGUUCAUUACCAAUCGC